AUGGCGGAAUUUGUCGAUGUACAGGGAGAAAAUUACAAGAGAAAACCAAGCUCAGAAUCGAACGAACGAAUGCAUAGAAAGUGCAUUGAGAGACUUGACAAAGCCUGUCGAUCUUGUAAGUAACCAAGGUCAAUUUUAAUGCCCUUUGAUCUGGAGCCUGGAGCUACGCACCGGUGGUGUGAUAUAGCAGUGUUUGCUGAGUGAUGCGAUCAUGUAGGAUUUUAAGCUUGUUAUGAUAGGCCAGAUUAAACUUUACUAAAUGACAAUAAGUUAUUUAUUUUCUUCUGUUAGCGGCUUACGUGAAAUUUAUGUUGGAGGCAAUGAGCAAACUAGGAUGGUAAGUAGCCUAGAGCAAUGGCUCUUCUUAUCCGGGGAGGGGGUGGGGAUACUCCUAGGAAUUCUUGUAAGGGAUGUGCUCUUGAGUUAUCCAAACUCCCCCGGGGGUACUCCCAUAUAAAAGUGACAGGGAUGCUCAUUGGAAAAUUCAAUUUGAACCCCUAAGGGAGACCAAUGUGGGUGUGGCUCAAGCUUAAAUUAACCUCUAAGGGGGAUUUCUGUGUGGUCAGUGUUAGGGCAUUUUUUGUAAAUUUCUUUGUGAUACCUGAAUGAGCGAAAAUAGUAACUUUCCAUCCCAAACACCCUAAGUGAGACCAAAAUCUGUAAUUUACAUCCCAAAGUGAAACAACGAGCAUCCCCAUCACUUUUAUAUGGUGACCAGGGCAGCCCUCCCAGGGCCAAAUUGGAAAAAAAUCCUGACCCUGCUUCAGAUCAAAACAUACCUUUUUCCACCCCAUGUUUUUCCUAUAGGCCUAUAAAAUACAUACCCGUUUUUAGAGCUGGCUUCUGAUAGCUGUACUCAAAUUGCAAACCUGCAAUUAUCCAAGGAAAUCAACAUAUUGUUUAGGCAUAACUUUAUGCAUUGACACUGAAUGUUCUUCCCCUUUUUCAUUGGCUUUAAAGGUGAGGUAAAACAACAACACAAAAAAAAAAUCAGUGGCUGAAGCGAGCUGAGUGCCAGACUGGCAAGGUUGGAAGGGCUGCCCUUUCCCCUCCCCAGACUCUUUGUUUCACCUUUUUUUCCCACUCCAGAGCCAGGUUCCAGGCUAAAAAAAUGUUGGAUUUUAUUGACAACCAACAUGGCCACGUUAUCAUGUCACAGGGGGUGACAUGAUGUAUUUGGCAUGGCCUUCCCUAGGGGUUAACAAAGAAAAAAAUAUAUAAAACACAAUACAAAUAGUUUUUAAUAAAAAUUAUCUUUGAAAAUUCAAUCUGUUUUGCAGUGUUGUUGACCCAGAAAAGCACAUGGUUUGUGAACCAUGCAAUUCAAAGCUUCUUGGAGGGUUUGAUCCUGAUAAAAAAGAGGUACAGCUGUACAGUGUAAGACUUUUCUACUUAUUAAAUUACACAUACUGGUACUUCAUAAAUAGAGGAUAUUACAUGGCCACGCGCAGAUACAAAAUUUCUCUUUGGGUGUUGAAAAAUAUUUUUUCAACAUGAGAAGAGAAAUUUCGUAUCUCCAAGCAGCCAUGUAAUAUUCUAUUUAUUAUAUGAACACCAAUGAAAUACCAAACCAUUUCACUUUAAUAGUUUUUUGUUGUUAAAGGCGCGAUUUAUUAAGUAUAGCCAUAGCAAAGGUGAUAUUUUCACAUGCGAAAUAUCAAGUUUUCGCACAAAAGCUCACCUGGUAUAUUUUCAUUGGUGUUUAUAUAAUAAAGUUUAAUUUUAUUUCGGCUUUCACUGCGUAACCACAUGUAACUAACUUUCUUUAUUUUUCACUUCCCAAUAGAUGUUCUUGUGUGAGAAUACAAUCUACUCCCAGAGGACAAUGGAAGAUGUUUUGACCCAUGAACUCAUACAUGCUUACGAUAAUUGUAGAAUAAAAUAUGAUCCUGAUGAUGUCCGAAUGCUAGCUUGUACCGAGGUAUUUGUUUUAUUAUUCCCUUAUCAAUUCAGAUUAUGUACAUAGUCCACCCCACUUCUUUCAAUGCCACGGCCUUCCUAGUAUUUCAGAAUGACAUAAUCCUCUAGUUCGUUUAGUCCAAAGGAAGUUGAUUUUUUUCCUUUUUCCUGCAAAGAUUCGGGCCGCAAAUCUUAGUGGUGAUUGCUGGUUUUCAAAGGAGACAUUUGGUCGCUUCAAAUUUGGAUGGAGAGGACAUCAAAAGGUAUUUUGUACUUAAGCCAUUUUAAGUUAACUUUCUUCACAUUACUUAGUACCAACUAGGUGACAAAUAUGAAAGUGGAUAUGACACUGUAAGAACCUAUGAUGGUAAAUGGCAUAGCUGGUUUAUCUUUAUAUCACGUCUCAAAGGUUAGGGUGCUGGAAUGGUUUCUGGGUGUCAUGGGUUCAAAUCCCACUGGGGAUUUCUAUCAUCAAUGAAGUGAAAGUUUCCCCAGCAGUGUAGUCUACCUCCUCUUGUAACACACCUGAUCAUACAUUUUCUGGGGUUCACAGUAAGCUCAUGAACAAAAUUAGAGUUGCACUCAGUGGCACCCUUGUUUGUUGGUGGCCAACUUACUGUUAGUGAAAAACGAAAACAAAACACGUACAACUACUGCUUUCCUCUCAUCUGUGACAUUAAAUUACAUUGUAGUUAACCAGAAUGUAUUAAUUUUACAAUUUGACAGGAAUGUGUAAAGGAAAGGGCAGUAAAAUCCAUGUUAUGUGUGAGAGACAUCAGCAAGCAAGAAGCUGAAGAUGUGGUGGACAGCGUGUUUGAAGCUUGUUUUAAUGAUACUGAUCCAUUUGAACGCAUUCCUCCGUAAAUGGAAGAACAAUACCCAUACUCAGAGAUAGUGUGAACAUUUUAGGCUCAUUCACCACAGGAAUAUCAAGGGAAAUAUCAUGGGAAAGGAAUGCAACUGAGAGCUAAGACAAUACUUGGAGUAUUAGUAGAGCUAAGGAGAGGUGAUAACAAAGCGAACAGCUGGUAGUUUCUGGGGCUAUAACCCUGCUCUAACAGACAAGAGUUGAAGUUCGGAAAGGUAGAACUCAUUAAAAUUGUCUUGCUGUUACAGAUUCACUAUAUAUUAUAUGAAUAAUAAAAAGUUAACAGUGAAUUGGCUGUAUUACACAACUGCAUUAAAAAAACGAAAUUUCCCUUUUCUUCACAAAA